AUGGCAGGACAGCGUUGUAUGGCGCUUUGCACAGCCGUCCUUGUUGGAGAGGCUCGCUCAUGGGUCAACGACAUUGUUGAAAGAGCCAAGAAGUUCAGCGUAAAUGCAGGAUGGAAAGACGGAGCCGAAAUCGGCCCGGUGAUCUCAAAGGCUUCACAGGAGCGCGUAAUCAGUCUCAUUGCUAGCGCGAAGAAGGAAGGAGCUGGUGUCCCGCUUGAUGGAAGCAAACACGUCGUCCCUGGCUUCGAAAACGGCUACUUCGUUGGGCCAACAAUCAUCACCGGAGUAAAGCCAAAUAUGACUUGCUACAAGGAGGAGAUCUUCGGCCCUGUCCUUAUUCUCAUGGAAGCUGAAACCUUGAAUGAUGCCAUUGAGAUUCUGAACAACAACCCCUACGGAAACGGAGCUGCCAUUUUCACAGCCAAUGGCGCUGUUGCUAGAAAGUUCAUCAACGAGGUAGAAAAUGGCCAUAUCGGUGUGAACGUGCCUGUGCCCAUCCCCCUGCCCAUGUUCUCUUUCACUGGAUCGCGCGGUUCGUUCAGAGGCGACUUGAACUACUACGGAAAGGCCGGACUUCAAUUCUACACACAGUGGAAGACCGUCACGCAACACUGGGGCGAGAACCUGGCCGAUAUGAAGCGUCAAAUGUCUUUCCCUAAGUAG